UCCGUGCGUGCGUGCGCGCCGUCCGCCGCCUCCGCCCGUUUCGACCGUGGAUCACGUGCGUCCACGAGGCAACCGGGCAGUUAAAACUCUGGCCGAGCGGAAGUGACCCCCCGGGAUGUCCACGGAGAGCUUCCGGUACCACGGAGCAACGCCUCGCGAUCCGUGACCAGCCCUCGAGAUUAUGAACUGCCUCUUCGGGGAUUGCGUCGCAGGUGGAUCGGCGACUGUGACAAAAUGGUGGAUCGGCAAAAAGUGUUUCUAAUGGUGUUACUAGCUCUCCUAAUUUAUCCGAACGAUAUCUUUGGCGGUGCCUUCCCACCCGAAUUCGCCGGCCCUAUCACGAAUCUAACGGUGCCGCUCGGAAGGGACGCAACUUUUACGUGUCUGGUCAAACAUUUGGGGGGUUACAGGGUCGGCUGGGUGAAAGCGGACACUAAGGCAAUCCAGGCGAUCCACGAGCACGUAAUAACUCAUAACAAGAGGAUCUCAGUGUCCCAUAGUGAUCACACGAUGUGGAAUCUCCACAUAAAGGGCGUGCAACUGGAGGACGAAGGCGUCUAUAUGUGUCAGAUUAACACGAAUCCCAUGAAAUGGCAAACAGGUAUGCUGUCAAUUGUCGUGCCACCAGAUUUUAUUAAUAAGGACACGUCGAGCGAUGUCGUGGCACGCGAAGGAGGGCAAGUGAAGUUAACGUGCCGCGCGAAGGGCGUGCCGCAACCCCGCAUAUGGUGGCGCCGGGAAGACGGGCAGAACAUUUCAAUUCGGGAGUCAGUUGCAGAAAGCGGCCCGAACCAGAAGCCUCAAGUGACGGAGUACCAGAGCGAGGAGCUGAAGCUGACGAAGAUCUCGCGGAAGGAUAUGGGCGUGUACCUCUGCAUCGCGAGCAACGGCGUGCCACCGGCAGUCAGCAAACGUAUUUUUAUCAACGUUCAUUUUCCGCCGGUGAUUCGUGUACCUACUCAACUGGUCGGCGCACCUCUGGGCACCGACGUGAACCUGGAAUAUAUUGUCGAGGCUUGGCCGAAGUCGAUUAAUUAUUGGGAAAAGGAUAACGUAAUGAUAAUAUCCAGCCAGCAACACGACGUGCAGGCGAUCGUCAAAUCACGGUUCGAGGUUAAGAUGGUGCUGACCAUACGCAACGUGCAGAUGCCUGAUCUGGGCAUCUACAAGUGCGUGGCCAAAAAUUCCCUAGGUGACGUCGACAACACUAUUCGGUUAUACGAGAUCUCUGGUCCAGCGAAGACGCAGACAGCGGUGCGGCCAUCUUUCUACGACGAGGAGGACGAGAUCGUUUACGGCUCGGCGGAGAUGGACAAAAUGGAGAACAAACCUUUUUCCGUGGACAACACGAUUAACGGUCACCUUGGGUACCCGUCGGUCGCCACGCCGGUCCCGACAAUAAGGAUCGGCAAGAAGAAGUCAGCGAUCAGCGUCAGUUCCAGCGCGGAUUAUCGGGCAACCCUGAGUUCGCUGAUCGUCGUUCUGACGCUGAUCAUCCUCCGCCAGUGAGCGAAUCGGACUGAGAAGGUUUGAGGAAUCUGUUAUAACAAUUUCGGAUCGAUAUUAAGGCCGAUCGGUAUAUUGAGGCACGCUUUGUUUCUCGGUUAAAUUCGGCGCCGACGAAGUAUCGUCUUCCCUGAGUGGCUUAUUCUUAAAUCGUAGCUUUAAUAACGAAAACGGCGACCUGGUUGAAACGACGGUCCACGGUUGAAGCAACGAACGUUGGGCACGAAGCGAAAGGAGGUCCUUUUAAAAUUGGAAUUUAGGACUGAUGGGAGAAUGGGAACGUUCGAGGAAGUGAAAAUAAGCGUUUCGACUCGUGACUUUGUUUUUGACCUGUUUCCUAGAGGAUGUUGGUGUGGAUAUUGGUUGGUGACUAUGUUUGUAUGCUUUUGUGAUUAACUGGGAAUUUCGUUGAGUUGUUUGUGAAUUUUUAUGGGUCUUGUUGAUUCGAGAUUCGUGUGGUGGAACCUUGGGAUUUCGAAGAAAUUUUUGAGAAUUGUCAUACUGUGGGGUAAAAUUGUAUUAUAAAACACUGUUGUUUGGAUGCUUGGAGUAGCUUUUGUUAUUGAAUUAGAUUAUUUUUAAGUAGUAUAUAAUUGGAACUUUAAAAUUGAAAAAUUAAUUUGUACAAUAUUAUCUAUACAAUGAUACAUUAUUUAUAUAGGUAAAUUUUCAAAAACAAUUUUUUCAAAGGUAAAGUUUCGUCCAUAGAUACCCUGUUUCAUAUUUUAAAAAUUUAUUUUUGCACAUUGGAUGAAUUUUUACCAGAUAACAAUAGUAUCUGCAAAACUCAAUGUGUUCAUUAAUAAAUAUUUGCUUGAAAAAUUAAAAAUCGAUAAAUGAUUAUUGUGUAGUUAUUCCAAUUAGACAUUAAUUAUUGAUUCAUAUCUCGUAAUGUCAUUAAUAAACUCCAAUGUUUCAGUUUGAAUUGUCGUACAUAAUUCGGUUAGGCAAUACUCAGGAAAACGGCGUUCAGAUAAUCGAAGCUACACCGUGUUAAAUUUAAAACUAGUUUGAAAUGUUAAGCGAAUGGAAUUGGAAACAUGUCACGAGUAUUAUACGACAGGUUAAAAUUGAUUUUCUCGUCUAAUCAUAGAUUUUACAAAAAUAAAUUUAGAUAUUGACUCGUCCGAUAUGGAUUACGCGGUAUUUAAAAAAUAUUCAAAUAAUUGAUCCCUAGUGUUGCUGCACUCGUUAAAAAUACUCAUUCUUAGAGUGUGCAUAUUUAUGCAAAUUAUUUGAAGCGAACAUUGUUUCAAAGAUCGAACUCAAAAUUAUGUAUUCAAAGAAAAAAAUGUUCUCAAUCCAAAAUAAAAUGAAGAGUUCAUUAAAAACUUCCAAAAAUUUUAUUGCAUAAAUAUGAUAUAUUAUAAACAUGCAUACUUGUAAUAAAUAUAUGAAAUUGCAAUUUAAUCCUUAUAGAGCAUACACAAACGAAAUAAUAUUUACCAAAGUUUUUAAUAGAAUAUUCACAAAAGAAAAAAUUGAAUUACAAGUUUCAAAAUUACACAUGAAACUAACUGAGCAAAUUUUCAAAUAUUUGUCUGGUCACGAAGAUUACAAGCGUACGAUCAACGAAAAAUUUGGAGAAGCUUGAGAUACCAGAAAAACAUUAGGAUACCAGUUGAUGCUUCGAAUUAUGGUUACACCGCGUUUAACCUUUUAAUCAAUGCAAUUGCGCACGAUAGCGGGGUCGAAUUAGCUCGCACGAGUCGUAAAUUACGUAGCCAGCGGAACGGAGGAAAUGAAACUCGCGUUGGAACUUUAUUUGUCCCAAGCAGGAAAGAGAGAAGGAUAAAAUAUUAACAAGUGUAUUCCCGACAUGUGCGAACUCGCUGUUUGCGUUGAUCCGGCAUCGCGCGAUUGCCUCUGUUCCGCUCCAUCUGUUGGCUAAUAAAAAAUAACGCUUUUAAGCUACGAAAUAUCGAGCACCGAUUUUAUCGGGGAAAUUCCGACGGAAUUAUUAGAUCCCAUCGAAUCGCUUUCUAUUCGUUGUUCGCCUAUUUACAUUUCGCGGAUGCAACAGGAUCUUUUUAUCCGUUAUUCGCUCAUUACCGAUUCUUCGAGUGUUCAUUUUUCAUUCGAUAUCCCAGAGGAAAAUUUCAGUACGACCACUUGAAAAACGAAUGCAGCAAUAUGUUCGAUUCAGUUGUACACUUCUAUUACCGAUCUGGGUCAAUUACGGUGAUGCCAAUGCAGUAACAAUAAACAUCCUGCAAACUGCGAGGAAUGUGUAAAAAAUUCCCACUGUUCCGUUCGGCGCGCGAAUAAUAUUUUUUAAUGAACUUCUGACAAAUAUUUAGGUAUAUUAGAAAUAUUUUUGACGUAUGGGAAACGUUUAAAUCAAGGGAGUGGGAAAUAACGUGUUUCGAGUGUAUUGCAAAAUGUCGAUUAAGUCGAUUUUUUAAUAUUUUCUCAUAAAUUUUAAUGGAAUAAAUAAUAGUUUUUUUAGUUAUUGAUGGAUUUACUCGUUUCAUCGUUUUUUUUCUAAGUCAGAAAGUCCUUUUUAUUACUUUUGAAUGUGUUGUAUAAUAAUUUCAGAAGCCAAAACAUAAAUUUUCUCAAUUUUAAAGUUUGAGUCUCAAACGACUCAGUUGGUACUUUUAAAAUUAAUAUUGUGAUUUAGAAUAAAUUAAUUGCACUGUUGAUGAUAAUUAUUAAGAUAUUGUUUCUCCGUGUUAUUAUCAAGUGGUUGACUGUUUAUGAUCACUAAUAUCAUAAUAUCUUACUUAGCAAUUUGCUUAUUAUUUUAGUUAUAGAACAAACUCCCAUUUAAACAACUUAAAUUAUUAUACCUGAAUGAAUUUGUCACUAAAAAAGUGUUCGACGAGGACAUUACUAUACCGCAGAUUCUAUGUAUUUAUUUUAAUUAUUAAACUUAUUAAUAUCAAAUCUAUUAAUCUCAGUCUGUCUCAUUCAGAGAUCAACAGAAAUAUUAAUUUUCCUUCGAUUCUCCAAAUUAUGUUCCAUAAAGAAAUCAAUAUUUUUCACAAAUCAUUUCUAUAAUCUCUCAAACCAUACCCACAGCCAUUAUACAGCUACUUCCAACUAAAUACUCAACGAAAUUAACAACAACCAAGUUCGAAUCGGUUCACAAUUCCCAAAACAACAUCCCUACUACAAACCACCAACUUAUCUUCACUCUCACUAAAAUUCACAAGCACAAUGAACUCAAACCCAACAACCAAUCGCCUUUCUAAAAAAAAUUCUCUCGCAACGAGCUCGUCUUCAAAAUAAAUAUACAUAAAUCCCUCGCAAAAUUCGGCCUUCGUAUUUUUAUGACGCCAUCGGACCUUUAUCGCUUCGUGCCCGAUGAAAAUCAUUCACCGUGGAUCGCUGGAGAAGGAAAACGAACGAGAAGGGAAAGAAGAAGGGCAGGAGGGAAAGACAGAAAGAAAGGGAGCAGAAACUAAAGAAAGGGGAGAAGGAAAUUGACAAAAGAGGAAUCAAUCUCCGCGAUCGCGAGAUACUUUAGGUCUAGACGAGUGGCACCCGGGGGGAGGUAUCGGCUAAGGGGCGUGAAAUAAUGAAGAAAGAAGAACGGAGCACAGACGGACAGGAAAUAUGGUCCUGGGUCGGCGCGCGUACGCGCGGAUCGGAUCGGAUCGGGCCGGCCCGGGCGCGUUCCUCUCUCAGUUUCAGUGGCAAUAAAUUCGCGUGGGUGUACAUAUACGCUUGUACACGUAUAUCUAUGUAUCAUACACACACGUACCAGGGAUACACACAGAGACGCACGCAGGGGCUUGCACGUGUACAUGUGUGUGCAUAUUGACACGUCAGGGUAACUAAGGUAUUCUGUAUAAGUAGAUCCUCGUAAGCGGCAAAAGCGUAAUAGGGUAUGUAUAUGGCGUACUGAGAAUCAUAGUGCAGGUUCAAUAUUAUUAGAAAUAAUUCUGUUUGGAACUGGUGAUUUUCGAGUUAGUAAUCCUUGUGUGGUUAUUGACUAAUCAGUUGAGGUUGAAUUCUGUGAUGAUGAUCUUGGGGUUUGAUGUUUAAAAUACAAAUUUAUAGUUUAUAGUCACUUCUUGUCUAAGAAUCACUGAGAAUCAUAGUGCAGGUUCAAUAUUAUUAGAAAUAAUUCUGUUUGGAACUGGUGAUUUUCGAGUUAGUAAUCCUUAUGUGGUUAUUGACUAAUCAGUUGAGGUUGAAUUCUAUGAUGAUGAUCUUGGGGUUUGAUGUUUAAAAUACUUUAUAGUUUAUAGACAUUUCUUGUCUAACGUUUAAGGUUUUGUAAUUUAGUUUUUAAAGUAAAAUUAUGGAAAGAGGUUUUUGAAGUUUGAAAAUCUCUUUUAGCGAAGGGUUGUAUAUUAUUGAAAUAAUAUAAAUUAAUUAUCUACUGUCUAGGAUUACUUCUGAAUUUUGUAAUUGAAUGAGACUUCAAAUACCCUGCGUGUAGAUGAAUAUUUAUUACUAAUUAUUUAAAUAAAGAGAGAUUUGGUUUUCUUUUCUAAUGUUUAUUUUAUUGUUUCCUUUCUUAUGAGUUUAGAAAUUUUGCGUUAAUAUAAUAUAGAAAUAACAUGAAUUAAUUGGCUACUGACAUAACAGAUUCAUAAUAAUAUAUUAAUAGAAAUAGUUAUAUAAUUGUUACUUAUUUAGUAUAAUUUCUUAUUAAUCUCAUAAUCAGACUACAAACACCAUGUGUUCAGAUCAAAGAAUAUCUCUAGCAGUCUUUAGUAUCCGGGAUGAAUCUUAAUUUGAUAAAGAACAUGCAUCAUUCAGAUAAUCAUGAUUCUCAGCACUCCAUAUAUUAUAUAUAUACACAUCGCGUUUUCGAUGAUUGUCGACAGCUUUUUAUGUGCGGGGCGCAAGGGCGCUGUGCAUGAACGACGCGGCGUUCUAACCGGAUUCCUUCGAUCGGACCAAGCGAUUUUAACGAGCGCGACGACAUACUUGUACGCCCGCGGAUCGAACAAUGCUUUGAUCUAGGAACUGCGAUCUAGGUCUUCUCUGCGGCGCGGUUCUUUUGAAGAACGCCGAAGAGAGGAACAAUUGCGUUCAUAUUGCUCUGUUAUCUUAAUGUCUGUUGGCUUAAUCGUGAUCUACGAACAACCAUUGUUUUUCCCUUAUAUUGAUUGCGAUUGACGUGAUAAGUUCCUUUCGCUUGUAAUCUAUUCCAAAAUUAAUUUUUUUAAUAUUGUAUUUUUAUAUAAGAUUGAAUUAUCUUUUUCUAGUUGGAAAAAUUAUUUGAAAAUAAUAUCGUGUUAUUUUCAUGAUGGUGGAUUUUUAUUUGAAUCAUUAGGAUAAUGGUUCUUUUUUGUAAUCGAUGAAAUUUUCUUAUAAGUCCAUUGCAGAUGUGACGUGUUUGCAAUAUGUUGAAAGAUGUUUUUAUCUCGUCCUGGUGUUUGAGAGUUGAACAAUCAACAGACUGUUGGAUUAAUUUUGUAAUGUUAGAAAUCAAACAGCAAACAACGCACAAAGUUCUCAGAUGUUUUUCGAAAAUCCUUGUUUACGAUACUUCUAGAUAUGUUUAAUCCAAAGUGCAUAGUUAUACAAUAUGGAAACUAUGUCAAGAUGGGAAGCAAUUACUACGUAUAUUGACAUGCAUAUACUAUAAUUACAUACAGCCUGCAGUCUAAUAAUUAUUUAUAGAAGUUUCUCGCUUUUAUUAUACUUGUUUAUCUGUUGUAUAAUGAUAAAUCAAUACGAAGCUUUCUCAGCUCUCAUCUAAACGAGGCUGGGUCACUUUCAGUCCAUAUUUUAUUUAAUUUCCUGAUCGACUUAUCGUCUCUCUCUUUUAAUUACAAAUCCAUUAAUUUUGUUUUCAAAUAUUCUGUGAUAAUGUCUAGAGGACAAAAAUUUUAAUGUGCAUCUGAACGAUUUCAAUCGUAAAAUAUAUAGCGAAGUGGUUUUUAAUUAUUUUGAUGAAACAUUGGUAGAAAAAGAUUUUACAGAAGUAUUUUAUAUGUACUUUUUUGGUUAAAUAUUAUUUAUUCCGAAGGGGUGAACACAAUCGUCAAAUUUCGGGGUGAGAAAUGUAUUUGGCCGACCUUAUAAACUGCUGAAGUAGAAAAACAUACGUGAUAAAAUGAUUUACACUUUAAUAAUAAAUUCAACUUACAAUAAGAUUCCAGAAAACUCCAUUUGUUUAAAAUUAUAUAUUAAAAUUCCCUAUACAUUCGUUCGCGAAAAUUGAAAGGACAAAUACACUCAACAUUACAACAAAUUAUUUAAAACCUUCAUUGAAUUUUCUACAAGCAGAAAUGUUUAAAAGUACACAAACAGAUAAGAAAUUUUCAUUAUAUUUUAAAUAAUUAUGUUACGAUAGACAUUGGAAGUUGCUAUAAAUUUCUUUUCCAGCUCAAAAACAUAUUUUUCGCCCCCAAUUAACCAACACCAACCAAGACUACACGUCAAACAUUUUCACAAAAACCAUUUCCCACCAAAAUUUUGCCAAACUCAACUUCGGUGUUUUUACUUACCACCGAACCAUCCCUGAAAAACUAUCGAUUCCUACGAUCGCACGAGCAGCCAUCAUCAAGGCGUACACUCGCACGCUUGUUCGCAUCCAAAGGGCAAAGAGCAUCGCGAGCGCAUUCGGUAGGCAAGCGAGUCCCGUUUCCUAGACGAUUUUAGUUCAGAUAGAAAAUCGAGCGUCACGGAGAAUGAGCGUGAAAGAGAAAAAAAGAAGAUGAAGAAAAUGAGAUACUAAUCAUAUUUUUGUAUUUCUGACUGUUGAUAGCGUACUUCGGUUCUCUCCUGUUCGUUUAUUUGUCGACGCGGAAAGUUCGGUUUAAUCCUUAUGCGUCAGCGACGGCGGACGAGGCAGAGAGAAA